GGAAGAGAAGAAGAGGGCGCCGCUGUGAGUGACAGACGCGAGAAGCAGAAGCUCUGACACGUUUCUUUGUUUUUAAAUCGGAAACAUUUCGGUUUCGGAAUAAAAAUCCACAGAAGCGACAUGUCGGCGAAAACCUUCCGGCGAGUGGACGUGGACGAGUACGACGAGAACAAGUUCGUGGACGAGGAGGACGGAGGAGACAACCAGCUGGGUCCCGACGAGGCGGAGGUGGACUCCCUCAUCAGACAAGGAAACCUCGUGGAGGCUUUACACGCCGUUCUGAAGAACCCACCAAUCAACACCAAGAACCAGAACGUCAAGGAGCGGGCUGAGGGUCUGGUGCUGAAAGUGCUCAGUGCCUUUAAGAGCAGUGACAUUGAGAAGGGGGUGCAGUCUCUCGAUAAGAACGGCGUGGACCUGCUGAUGAAAUACAUAUACAAGGGCUUCGAGAGGCCGUCGGAGAACAGCAGCGCGGUCCUGCUGCAGUGGCACGAGAAGGCUCUGGCAGCCGGAGGAGUGGGCAGCAUCGUGCGGGUUCUAACCGCGAGGAAGACGGUCUAAAAGAGGAACAGGGGAUCGGUUCAAUCCACAUCACUGAUACAAGGGGAGCAUGUCACUGCACGGUUCAUGUUACAUAACAGAUGGUAGAGGAGGCUAAAAUGGAAAAACGGAUUUUUAACUCAAUGUGAUCAAGGCUGAAUAGGAAAACAUAUAAUCUGGGUCACGUUAUGUUAAAAAUGGGUUUUCUGGUUUCUUCCUACCUCCACUCUCAACAUGAGCACAAACUCAGUGAGAACUCCUCCUGACUCCCCCCCACUGACUUCCACCCAAACACACAGAAGAUGUGUUUGGGUGGAAGUCAGCUUCUGCUUCGUUUCACUCAGGAAAACAACAACCUGAUUCUCAGACUGUAAAUCCUCCCACUGCAUCCCACUAUUACACUUCAACGGGGGGGGUGUCUCCUGAAAAGCACAAUCACAGAUGGAGGGCGGUGGAUUCUCCCAUGGGGGGGGGGGGUGUUGUGCUUCUGUGCAUCUCCCUCAUGAAGGGGGGUGGAGUGGAGGAGGGGGAGCUCCGAUGUUAUCCAUCCAACCAACCAUCCUUUCACACUGCCCGCUGCCCUAGUUAAGGAUUAUUACCCACGAUGCAUCUCCACCACCACUCUUUAUUAAUCCCGUUCCUUCCAUCCUGUUAAUGUGUGACGCUCUGCCGCUGUGCGGAGCUGAACGAGGCUCCGCUGCUCACAGGAGCGGUUCUCUGGGCUGUCAGGAAAAUGACAUCACCCUGACAUUUAGUUUAACUUUGAUAUUUAACAGGAAAGAUCAUCCAGGAUUAAAUUGUUUUGAUUUUGUUUCAGUAUUUUUCACUCGACUGAAAUGAAAUACCAGGUUUACAAAAAAAUUGUUUCCCGAUGAAGAUAAUAAUAUGAAUAUUUUGGUGUCUUUACAAACAGAGCGAGUUUCAAUUGAUUUAAAACAGUUUGCAUGAUCCCAUUUCUGACUGAGUAUUUUCUCGAGCAUUUCAUACUCGUCUUUUGUACAUGUUUUGUGUGAUUUUUGUAUCGAAUCUGUUGAAUUUCACGCCAUAGGAUUUUUAUAUGAAAUCCUCCACACACAGUAUUGUCUUCCAGUAGAAAUCAUACUGUUACGACCACAUAUACCUUUAUGUAAUGAGGAAAACAGGAAAGAGUCGUCUGCCAUAUGAGGUGGAUUGUGUCUGUUGCCAAAUGAUUUAUCUUGCUUGAGUUAUUACAUGUUCACAUGAAACACAUGAACCUAGAAACAGUGUGUUACAAUUAAAAAACAUUUGAUUUGAUGUGAAAAUCCUCAUAAUUCAGUUAAACAUGGUGUCGUUUGAUUAAUGAAAGUUAAUCAUGGAUUUCACAGUCGAUGUUACUUUUGGAAAAAAACAAAAAAAACUGUUUUUCACCAGUGGAUAUUCAGACAUGAGUCGUCAUGUCAUCAGUGACGAUGCAGCAAGACAUUAGAGAUGUUUUCUCAUGCAGUAACGGUUAGUUUUACAUGAGAACAGGAAGCAGAACUUCUCCUGCUUCUUGUUUUUCUAGUCAGAGUUGCUCCUCCAGCCGAAGGCAGGACGACGAAGCUCAACACAGCGAUGUACAAACUGCCUUACUUGAAUAUUCCUUUUUUAUGUUUGUGCUUUUUUGACAAUAAAGAAAGUAUGAAUGCUGA